AAAUAUUCAUAAUAUUAUUUCAAAAAAAAUAAUAUGUUCAGUUUUCCCAUUAGAUACAACACGGUAAAUAUGAAGUUUCAUACGUUCGGAUUCAAUGUACAUUGAAGAAGUUGAACCAUAUUUUGUAAAUAUUUUCACUUAACUUUUUCACAUAUAGUACAGUAAAUAAACGUUGUAUAAACAUUUUGAAAUAAUAAUUUGAAUAUUUUGCAUUAUGCUUUACUUAGUUAUUAAUUACAAAUGGUAAAAUUUAUCAAAAGCAAAACUAUUAUUGUUUUCAUUUGUUGUGGUAUCUGAUCUCCGCCGUCAUAGUUUCAGGUUGACGUGAAAGACAAACAUUAGCGAAUGAAUUUUUCAUUCAGUAAUAAAUAGCAAAAUGCUAUAAAAAUGCUUUGAUACACAUUUCAUUACGUAUAAUUUGUAACUUUCGUGCCUAUAUUUUUGAGAUUACUUACUGAUCUGCGAGCGAGUGUAUUUUCCAGUUCAAAAUGAGUUUAGUGGGGAAAAAGUGUGAAUCAAUAUCGAUGUUGGAAACCAAUAAAGACGACGUAAUAGUCAGUGAAAUAACUCCUGAGGAUGUUUUGAGACUGGACAGGAUUACGGAUACUUAUAUGUGUAGUCCAGAAGCUAAUGUAUACGAUAUAGAUUUUACGAGAUUCAAGAUACGUGAUUUGGAGAGCGGAACUGUGUUGUUUGAGAUCGCCAAGCCUCCGACGGAUUUCGGAGUGGAUAGUGAGGGCACUGAAGAUGCCCCUGAAGAGCCCCUGGACCCGAACGCUGGAAGAUUCGUCCGCUACCAAUUCACGCCUCAAUUUUUGAAACUUAAGACUGUAGGAGCUACUGUGGAGUUUACAGUUGGAGCUCGUCCUGUGAACCAUUUCAGGAUGAUUGAGAAACACUUUUUCAGAGACACCCUACUGAAGACAUUUGAUUUUGAAUUUGGUUUCUGUAUACCAUUCUCUCGAAACACAUGUGAACACAUAUAUGAGUUCCCUACACUGCCUCCUGAUCUAGUUGACGAAAUGAUUGCCGCACCUUUUGAGACCUGUUCCGACAGUUUUUACUUCGUAGACAACCGUCUAGUGAUGCAUAACAAAGCGGAUUAUGCUUACAACGGAGGCAUCAACAACUAAUCACAUUUACACCCAAAUUGGCACCAUGCAUUGUUUUCGUGUUUCAAAUUUAAAUUUUAUAACACUGUUUGACACAAGAAAAUGUUUUUUCAAAGAUUUUAGUAGAUAUGUGUUUUUAAAAGUCUGUUGUUGAUAGAAUGUGUAACUAGAGGUGGGAAGGUGUGUUGUACACUUGUACACAACAACUAUUGAUCUCGUAGAAUUAUUUAUCUGUGUGGAAUGAAACUUAAUGUUAGAAUACACACUGUCAAUGUGUUGGCAAGGUACGGAGUGUUAAGAUUAAGUAGUAAACGGAUGUUUCAUCACAUAUUGUGUGGCAACUGGAGGGCUGAUUGCUGAAGACGGAUUAAAGGAAAUUGUGCUAUUUUUCUUUUUUGCAAGUGAAGAGUUGGCUGAUAGUCUAUUGGCAAUUACCAAAGAAACAUUUGAAACCACAAAGUAUAGUAUGCAUAGUCCAGAGCCGUAUUAUCCUUAAGGCAAACUAGGCAAGUAUCCAGGGUGCCUGGUUAUAGAGGGUCGCCAUGACACCGCAAGACGCGUGUACCCAUAGAGGCGCCAAAUUUACAGGCACCUACGAGGUGCUUGCCUAGCGCUCUCUAGGUUUAAUCCAGCUCUAACAUUGCCAUACAAUGAGGCUGUCUAAGCAAAUAUUUCUCUAGUCACCAUCAGUCCUCCAUGUGUUCACUAAUCUGUGUGUUUAGAAAAUGAAUGUUGCCCAUCACUUGUUAAUUGAAUAAUAUUUGUGAUCUUAUUGAUUGUGAUUUUUACACCUACUUUAUAAAUGUAAUUGACAUAAAUUUAAUGUGUACUGAAUUUUAAAAUAAGGGUGUGUUUUGUUUAAUUGAUUAUUUCGAACGUGCAACCCCUUGUCGAAGGCAAGUUUGGACAUAGUUUUGAUCUCGUUAUUUAAAUAUUUUUAGGUUUUAGUUUUAAUAUUGUUUUUAGUACCUAGUAAUGAACUUGUUUUCAGAAGUUUCAGACCGAUAUUUGUCUAAGCAGGUAGUUAUGGGAUUUAUGACAAACGGUGAACAGGGAAUGUACAGUGAAAGAAAAUGUUUUCGGACCAACGAGAUUUAAAGAGGUUUGCAAUUCGAUAAUGGUCAUAUGGGCUUGGAUCAUGUAUUACAGGGAUCUCCGACUACUUUCGAGCCCGACCAGAGCCCAAAACUGUGACAAUGACAUGUCAUGUCAAAGUCAAACAAGAGUUUGUAUGUUUUACAAUAGUUAUUGUACAAAAUUUACGAAGUCGGUUAAAAGUAUUCGUUUUAUCGAAUUUUGAGUAAUCUUGACAUUGUCUUUAACAUUCCAAAUUGAGAAUAUUGACUUUAUUAUUUGUAUGUGGUAAUACUUAAAUAAUUUUAUUUGCUAGUUGUGUUAAUUUUUAAUUAUUUGAUUACUUAGUUUUUUAAAUAUUUUUAGACAUAGUUUGUUAAAUAUUUUAACUUUAUUGACAAAGCUUUUAAGCUGUUGAAAACUGUGUUUGAAGUAAAGGAAAUUGAAAUUUAUGGUGAGGACUUAAAGAUUAGUAUUGUGUGAAAUUAUAUUCAAGGGGGUUAAUGAAUGAUUUUAACGGUUUAAGAAGAUAAUUUGGCACUUUCAAAUUUCAAUGUAAGAUUAUAAGUUUAAAAUUGAUAUAAUUACGAAUUUCAAUAACUAAUUUGAAAAUGUAUUUAACAUGUCAACCGCCGCAUAGUUCACCUGUGACCUACGUUAGCGGAAGAUUGGCUAUCAGCAGUUUUCUGUCGGCAGUCAAAGGCUUAAAAACAGUUUUGGAUAUUACGAAAGUACUUAUUUCCGUAAGUACCCACAAACCUAUUUCUUUUAUUUGAGACUCUUAUGUCGAGUACUCAAACGCUACUCAAUUUUAAGUCGCGCAGAAGUAUA